AAGAUCAUUCUGUUAACAUUGACGUUGUUAAAUAUUAAUCGGAAUAAUUCCUUUUAAAUCAAUAGUGUCUUGUGUCUUGAAAUAAAAAAAUAUUGAAAUGGAUUUCAAAUAUGUUCUUUUAUUAAAUGUUAUUUUGUUAACUUUGAAACAAAUGAACUGUUCCGAGGACAGAUACCUCCGUUACGUGAAAGACAGCUGCUUUAUAAAGGGAGAGGCAUUCUCUUGCGUAAAAUACAAAGCCUUGAAAAUAGCCAAGAGCACAAUAUUUGGAGAUAUGAAUAGUAAUGAAACAAUAGCAGCUAGUAAAAUGAUUAGUUUUGUGAAAUUAGAUCAAGAAACAGUGAACAAUCUAACUAGUAUUGAAGACAUGGAUGUGAUUGCUAACGAGCCAAGAGGUUUUCUGUCUGAAUGGACAGAGAUCGCCAACUACUUUAUGAAAUUGGUGAAAGAGUUCUUUAGGAUGAGAGGUUUGAAGGUCAAUCUACCAGAAGGUGCAAGGACUGUUGAAGAUCAGGAGCCGGAAGAUGGAGGCCGUGGCAAGAAAAAGAAGCUGGCUGUAAUGAUUCCACUUCUGAACCUCAUGGCAACAAUGAAAACCAAAAUGCUUCUUAUACCCAUUCUUAUGGCCGUGAUGAUGAUUAAGAAACUCUUGCUGAUUGCUGCCUUACUCGUUCCCAGUCUUCUUAGUACUCUCAAGGCUUGCAAGCACCAUCAUCCAAUGACGCAUUACUCGUACUUCGGCACUGACGCAUCGGAUUAUAAUAGCGAGUAUAGCAACAGUUACUCCUACGGGUCCGGAGGUGGGUAUGGUAAAGAUUGGCCAACAAAUAGAGCUUACUCUGUGCCGAAACACAGAACACCCUCCCCCGUAUACAUCACAGCUCCAGGAACAGCUUAAAUUACCAAGAUAUGACUUCAUAUUUAUUUUAGAUUAAGUGUAUUUAUUCCCGUAGAUUAUUUUAAUUGUAAUUUAAGGUUGUAUGUACGGAUGUAUUUAUGGAGUGUCACCUUUUUUGACCUAUUAAAUGAGACAAGUA